CCAGAGCCAAAGGGAGGAAUCGAGAAGCGACAGAGUGAUCUAUUGUUUGGAUUUGCUUUUCCAUCAAGAAUGCCCUGCGUUUGACUAGCUGGAAAUCUGAGAACGCUUAAACAUAGUUCAUUGAUAUGUUUGGUAGACCGUAUUGAUUUGAACACAUUCGCAGUGACAUCCUUUUGGAUCCAAGAACACUUUUCAGGCUGUGGUAUUAGAGACAUUUUGACGGGAGAAGUGUGAGGAUGAUGACGUUUGUUACGCCGCAUCGCUAGGCCUGUCAUCAUUAUUUAUCCAAGAACUGGAACAGUGUUUGGACAUCGCAUAGGUUGAUUGAAUGCAAUGAUUGCUUGGAAACUGAUGAAACACCUGAAGUAAGACAGCUGCAAAAAGAUGAAUUUCCAAGGAAAAAAUUGAAUUGAGUAUCAAGGACGACUUUGAGAGAGCAGAAGACAGCACGCAGCGAAAACGGCAUCAUUUAGAGCAGAAUGGCACCGAGAAAGGCCACCAAGAUUGUGUUUCUUCUUAUUAUUCAAAUGAGUAGCUGCGCUUCGUCAGCAAGCUCUAACUUCAGCAACAGCACGGCAUCGAAUCAAAUACAGUCAUCUUGUCAAACAUCGAAAAUAUCUGCACGUGGCAUCGGCAUAACUGUGUUUUUGAUCCUAGUCAUCGUAGUUGCUGUCGUGGGUAAUGUUAUUGUAAUUGCUGGAAUACUGUAUUCUUCGUCACUUCGUUCGCAGGUCACUAAUUACUUCAUAAUAUCGUUAGCUGUCAGUGAUAUACUUAUUCCGCUUAUUGUACUGCCAUUUCGAAUCAUGACAGCAAUUAAAAAUGGAUCUUUCUGUUCAACAGACAUUGCCUGCAAGACUGUACUUGUUCUGAGCACAUAUUUCGACAUCGCUUCCAUAACAAACAUCCUGAUCAUCAGUAUUGACCGUUUUAUUGCAGUCAGUUUUCCUUUGAAAUACUCGAGCAUCAUUUCUGAAAAACGGGCACUCGCCUCAAUUGCAUUCGUCUGGCUCUAUUCUGCCACGUGGGCUGGCCUUGGAAUAUUUGACUGGAGAUCGCCAAACAGAAUAGCACUGAAAAGUUUGGUAAUUCGAGGGGCUGUUCGAUGCGGUAUUGAGAAUAAGUAUUACUGGGUAUCAGUCUACACGAUUGUCCUGCUAGUACCACUUUUUGCAAUCGGCAUCAUAUACCUGGUGAUACUUCACGAGGCACUUAAACAUGUGCGUGCGAUCGGAGCUCUGGAAGUAGAGUUAAAGCGAGAGUGCAAAACAGCACGAAGAAGAAGGAUGAAGCAAUUCAAUUCAAUGAAAUCCGUGUCAGUGGUCUAUGGCGCAUUCCUGGUAUGCUGGUUGCCAAGCUGUGUUAUAACGUUGCACGCUCUCCUCAACGAAAAGUGGUGGUCACGCUUCCAAAGAGAACACCCCGACUUAUUUCAUGCUAUGUAUUAUUUAUUCAUCCUAAUACUGCCGCCACUGAACUGCACGUUGAAUCCUUUCAUAUAUUCAUUAUUGCACAAGAAUUUCCGCACAGCAUUCAGCUUUACUGUCCACAGAAUGCUAGGAAAACGAUUCAACAGACGUUUAACGGAGACGUCCUUCAAAAACUCUUAUGAAAUCAAAUCAAAGAGAAAAAGAGAUGCAUCGAAAAGCUAUGGUGUAGGCGAAGAUGGAACAGAAGAACACAAAUUCUAAACGAUUUGACUCCAAAUCAAACGGACUUUGUAGAUAAAUUGCUUUGUAGGUGAAAAUUGCUGGUCAAAAGGCCUGUUUAGACGUUGCGGUGAUGUAAGUAAUGAACGUCGAAAACUGUAAGAGAGUUAACACCAGAGAGAGGAUCAAAGCCAAAAUUACAAAGUGAAAAUCUUAUUGUAGGAAUAAAUUCCAUUUCAGAAUAAUAGCAGGCUGUUCCAUAUAAAACUUGCCAAAAACAAUUCCAAAAACAUAGCUUCGCAUAGAGCAUGGUUUGAACGAGUGUUGAUUUGGUAACGGACACACGUUUAUGAGUUCGAAGGGUAAUAGUUAAAAAUGAGUUUUGUAGGAAAAUCAACCUAAAUUUGAACGGUAAAACAUUUGUAAAAUAAAUUCAAGAUAGAAUAAAACCAGCUAGGAAACUAUUUCCACAUCAAACCAGCUACAAACAGAUUUAGUUCAGCUUGUCAGCAAAAAACAUGAUCAAUAAAAUUCCAAGUCGGCAAAUUCAAUGUCGGCAAAUUCCAUGUCGGCGCCCAGACAGAUGAUAAUAAAUUUGGGCGUCAUCUAUAUUCGGCAGAAACAUUUUUAGCAAUUAUCUGACAAGUUUUGAGCAAUAUGAUGUACGGUUUGCGAGCGUUUUUGCAGUUAAACUGAUAUAAAAUCUUUUACUAUAGUAUUUCCAUCUCAGCACGCAUUUCGUGGAAAGUGAAGAUAGCGUCGACAUCAAUAUGACAUGAAUUUGUUGAGUAAAGUAAUCUAAAUGAAUUUGCCUUGCGUCACAGCAAUGAGCCUAUUGCGUCAUAGCGUCGUUUCUCGCUUUAACAUCGUUUCUCGUUUUCUCAUUCGAAGAUCAGUUCAUUGGUUAUCUUUUCGCUGGGAUGCAUCUUUUAAUUUAACUGAGCCCUUCAAAAGCUCAAAGAAAUGAUGUAAGCAUUCGUGAAAAUAAUAAGCCCUUGGUGGAUGAUUUGCAUCUUCGAGAAGCUGCAGUCUAGCAUUUUGGAUGAUCUUCUGAAGACACCAUCAACGUAAAAGCUAGCAACUUAUUAUCAGUGUAAAAUCAUCAAUAUAGUAGAGUGAAUAAUACUAUUCAGCUAUCAAAACAGUUUCUAUUGUAAAAGUAAAGCAUUUUAGGAUAGUUCUCUUACUUUCUUGCCAUAUUAUUAAAAGCUUUGUAAAUAUUGUCUCGACAUGUUGUAUGAGUUGAAGCUAGAGAUGCUGCACAAAUUGAUUUAGAUUUAAUGUGAAUAGCAGUCACGAGUAAGAUGCACUGUAAAUAACUGAAUGCAUUCGUUCUCAAGUAAUUGCAAGGGCUAAUGCCUGUUAUAUGUAUUCAUUUAUGUAAAUAUACUGAUAUUCUACGAUGUUCCAGCUAUAAA